AUGAGAUUGGGGAAGAUAUCUAUCCAAAGGAGCCCGAAUCUGCUCCUUGUAAUAUUGUGCGCUUCCAAUGCACUGGCUAGAACAACAAGUAAUCCAGCAUUCUUGCGUCCCAAUGUUCCAUCAUCUUCGUUUGACACUUUUGAGGUGGUGAGCCUAGCAGCAAUUUCCAUGUGUACAAACUCUAUUCCAUUGUGCCUAUUGGUACUUCGAGGUGGCGAACGAUACCAUGAUGGUGGCGAUGAUGAAGAAUACGAUAUUGAUGGGGGGUACAGUGAAGAAGAGGAUGAUGAAUACAAUCAAUUUUCCAAGCGUCGCCAAUCGCCACCGCCUCCUGUAUCGUCUCGAAGACCACCUGGAUCACGUGGCCCACCACCAGCCAACUUAUCCGGCCGUCCACGACGAUCAUCCAAAAAAUCUAUGCCAUGGGCACAACGGAUAGCCUCUCAAUCUCUGCAAAUGGGAAGCCAGCUGGCGUGGAAUGCUGUAAAAACUCCUGGAAAAUUGGCCUAUCAUGUGAUUCGACCCAAGCAUGUGGAUUUAGCUGAGACAGGGGGGCUGUGGCGAAUGGACCAACAAGUUACCAUACGGGGAGAUAAGGAACUUGCCAGUGUGGCAACUGUCGAGCUGGAUGCUCGUCGAAAGUUGAUCAUUGUUCGACACCGACCAAUUGCCAGCGAGGACAAUAAGGCAUCAGCAAAGGAAAAUGACAAAGACAAACAAGGCGAAGACGAUAAAGAGGCAAAAGAAGUUGUCGUUCGACAACCCUAUACAUUCAAAAAGUCUCGACUGGGUUCCUACAAGACUUCCUUCGUGGCGCCAGCCUUUUUGGUCGGUGACAAACCACGCAUGUAUGGGUACAAGGGAAACUGGCAACGCAAAAUGGCCGAUAAAAAGGUCAUCAAAUUGGUAGGAAAGAUCUAUGAGGUGCGACGACAACGGUUUGGAAAAGAUCGCGGAAGUUACCAAUUUGCUGGAAAGCCUGUCGGAACCUUUGUCGCUCGCAGACGAGUGCAAUUGAUAGAAGAGGACGAAUAUGAUGACGAUGACGAUGACUAUUUCGUAGAUUUUGAUGAUGAAGCAGAGGAUGAUUACGACGAAGAAGAUUACGACGAAGAGAUGUACGACUAA